CGUAACUGGAUCAAGGCGGAUCCUUCCCUGUCUCACAGCCACACCUCCGCAGCGAUCAUUCAUUGCACUUAUAUAACUCCCGGGUGCGCGCGCGCCCUCGUUCGUUCGUUGCACGUACUUCCGUCGCGGGAAGAUUACACCGAUCGACACCCCAAAUUUCACUUUGCCGACACAGACAGGCAGACAAUCCACAGCUACAUAUAGUUGUAGCAAUGUUCGAUUCCGGCCUCGCUCAACGACGCAGCCUCGGCUACUACUACUUAUACCUACUUUCUCUCGCCGCGAUAAUAGCGCACGUACACGGGAUCGAAGCGCCAUGGCCCAGUGCGACGGCGACUCCGAGCGCGGAUCAGCGGCCGAUGGCAGAGUGGAUGGGGUUCUCGCCGAAACCGACGGAACCGCCCAGGAUACGCGGGAGAAUGGCCGCGGACGCUUUGUUCGCAAGGGCUGAUACCGAUAAUGCGGUUUUCUGCGGAUAUGUGUCGGCGAAUCCUUCGAGUCCAGUCGCCUGCGCGGAUUUUCGUCGGAUAUGUAUGUUCAACACCGUCAUUGGCGCCGUCGGAUGCUGCGAGAACGUGGAUGCGCCUGCGGAAUCGUGUUCGCAGUACACCAGCUGCGUGAACAGGCGCGAUGUCUCGAGCUGUGCCGGCGGUUGCUCGGCCAAUCCUCUGGUCGUUACAUGGUACAUAGCACACAUCGAGUCCAUCCGUCAGCCGUAUGUACGGGUCCCAGUGCUGAUCUCCAAGCAGUUCGGACACGGCUUCACCUUCUUGCUGGACAUAUGCGUGGAUUACGGGCAUGUCGUCGUUGGGAUGCGGCGCAAGCUCUUUCUCCGCCUCGGUCGCAGUCACCUAUUUGGGCCAGGUAAGAACCACAGCUGCGAGCACAACCGCCAGUACGACGGCGACCAGCACUCCAGCCAGUGGCGGCAGCUCUGACGGCGGGG